AUGAACGAAAAACUGCCGAAUGCUGUACAUCAUAUUCUUGCCAAUACAGGAACUAAUUUACAUAAAAUCGACAAUAGUACAGCUCAAUUAGAAGUUUUUCAGGAGAAAAUUACAGUACAUGAUAGUUUAA